UCCUCAAAGAAACAGCAAAGAAUUCUUAUAGUCAGAUAACUUCGUUUCUUUCCACCGUCAAAAUGAAGAUCAAGCAUGCGGGAGAAGUUGUCUCCGCUGCAAUAAGGAGUAUUAACGAUGAUACCCAAAAAGAAGCUAUGGACAUAUGUUACAACCUUUUCACUUGGUUGCUUAGCACACUCUUCACCUUGAAGAUCACAGAUGCAGGAAAGGCUUCCCCCUCAGCAAACUACUCUGUUAUGAAGGCCAUGGUUCUCAUCAAAUCAGUUUCCUCUUUGACAACGUCAUUGGCAACGUUGUCUCAAAUGCAUAAGAGAAACCUAGCCGCACUCCUCCUCAUGCUGCUCCUUGAGAGUACAGCUUCUCUUUUAGCUCUGAGCAUGAUUUCAAGUCUCGUUCUGUGGAUCUCUGUGUUCCUAUGGCUCUGUAUUUUUGUGUUGUUUGGGUAUUGCUGUUAUCCAGAGCUCAAAGAACUGAUCCUACAAAUCAAGACAUGGACUGGGUUCGCAACCCCUGAAGAUGGACCCUCACCCACUGAUGCAGAGGCCGCCGUUGCUGAACACUGACGUGUUUUGCACGUUCCUCGUUUUUGAUAUAGAAAUAACAACGUUGUUGCUUGAGCAUGUUGUUAGUUUCUCUUACUAGAAUUUAAGAUUCAGUUUGUACCAUACGCGUGGAAAUAAUGCAUUGAGAGUAUUCCCAAUCAUCGUGAAGAAGAAUUAAAUUUGAGCAUGAUUUAUUGGGGGGAUAUUUGUUAUAAAGUUUGCUGGGACUUUUUGGAUUGGCUCUUCGAAAUGCCCAGAACCAAAUUUUAUGAAUUAUGAGCAUCAGUAAGUGUUUUUCAAUACCUGGGUUCCUGUUUGUUUAAGAGUAUUAGAGUCUGUUAAAAUAUUUUCACUUAAGCUUGUUCGUCAGUUAAUUAUAGUGGUUAUUGUACACGU